AUGUUUAAAAUUGAAAAUCAAAAUAAUACCAAUAAUAGUAGUAGUCAUAAUAAUAGUAGUAAAAAUAGUAGUAAUAGUAAUAAUAAUUAUAGACCUGUUUAUAGUAAUAAUAGAUUGAUGACCAAUGAUGAACUAUUCGAUGUUUUGGAUUCAAAUAAAAGACAAUCUACAAUGGAUAAAUUCGGUUCAUUCUUUGGUGGUAACAGCGGUGGUAGCGGUGGAUCAUCAUCUAGUGGCGGUGGUUCACGGAAACAAUUGAUGUUCUUCUCCAAAGAGGAGACAGAACAACAGAAUAGAAUUAAAAGACAGAAACAACUUUCAACUAUGCCACCAACAACAACGACAACAACAAAAUCAUCAACAACAAAAUCAUCAACAACAACAGCGACAACAACAACAACAACAACAACAACAAAAACUACACCACCAAUUCCAACAACAAAUCCAAAUAGUAAUAGUAGUCACAAUAGUGAUAGCAUCAAGAGUAAAAGAAAGAAGAACUCUCUUUUUGACUCCGAUAUGUUUUUAAAUGAUCUGAGUGAUGACAAUGAAGAUGAUAUCGUAAGAGUGGCCACAGUGAAUAACCAUUCAAACUCGACAGUGAAUAUUUCACCAAUAAAACAACAAACUGUUGUAUAUAAAACAUAUAAAGAUCCAAAUAGACCUAUUCCACCAAAUCAACAGAAACAAUUUCAACAACAACAACAACAGAAACCACCACAACAAUCAAUGAAAGUAUUACCGAUAUCACCUUCAAAACAUUUAUUACCAUUGAAACCAAUCGGUGCCAAACCUUUUCCAAUUCUUAAUUCCUCGACGUCAAAGCCACUACCACUAUUUCCCUCGAAACCGACAAUAAUUCAACCACAGCCACAACAACAACAACAACAACAAGUACAAGCGCAACAACAACAAGUAUAUCAAAAUGAUAAUACACUUUCAUUCAAUAUUUCACCUUCUAAACAAAAACAAACCAAUAGUUUAGUAUUUUCAACAACAACAACAACAACAACAUCAACAUCAACAUCCACCUCUUCUGCUUCAUCCACAAAAACAGUGAAUAUUUCACCGACUAAAUCAAAUGCAGAUAAUCCUCUAUCACCUACCAUUGAUUUCACUUUCAAUUUUAUAAAGGAUACAGUUUCAACAACAUCAUCAACAGCAACAACAACCACAACAACAGUGCUACCAACAAUAACACCAACAACAUAUCACGAUUAUGAUGACAACUUUGAAUUCAGUUUCUUCACAAUGACACCAAAAUCUAAUAAUAACAACAACAAUAAUAAUAAUGAUAAUAAUAACAAUAGCAAUAAGAGUAAUAUCAAUAAUAAUCAUACUGAUAAACAACAAGCACAAGUUCAACAACCAAUUAACCCACCAACAGCAAUAAACAACAAUAAUAAUGUGAAAUCAACAUAUUUUAGUAGCUCUAUAUUGAAGCCACUUAAUCCAACAACAUCAACAUUAACAAUAGCAACAACAACAACAACAACAAAUAAUAAUAAUAAUAAUAACUAUGUAAAUAAUAAUGUAUCACUUAAUGAUCAAUUUGAAGCUUUUGUAAAUGGUCAGAAAAGUAAAGGUGGUGUUGGUGGUAAAGGAAAUAUGGAUUUGGCUGGAAGAACCAACGUUAGUGUUCAAAAGAGUACGUUCAGCAGUGAGGAAAUUCGUGAGAGAAUACCCGAUGAACUAUUUAAGAAUGUUGCUUUGAUGUUGAAGGAUGUGAUCGUUGAUAUCAGAUACUCUGAGGCAUACCUACCAGAGUUACAACCGCUACCGAACGAUAUGAACAAACAGCUGAGUGUCGCACUUCAGAAGAUGGGCUACAACCAGUUGUAUUCACACCAGUUGGAGUGUCGACAACAUGUUCUUGGCGGGCGUGACACUAUCAUCACCACGCCAACCAGUAGCGCGCAUACUUAUUCUGGGGUUAUGGGUUGUCAUUUUGUAAAUCUAUUGCGUCGUAUUGCUAAUUAUCAUUCUAUACUGGCGGGGAAUAACAAUAGUAGCGCUGUUGCUGGUGGACAGUCAACUCUACAAUACAUAUUGGCGUCAGCCACUAUUGGCAACCCGAAGCACAUGACCAUGAAAAUGUAUGUCAAAGCUUACUACUCAUCACUCUCGAACAAACACAAACAAGAGACGUUGAAUCAGUUGAAGACCGGACAGGUCAAAGUGAUAGUUGCUUCGAAUGCUCUGGAAGCUGGUGUAGACAUUCCAGAGUUGGAUGCCUGUUUGAUCAUUGGAUAUCCUGGUUCCAAGAUGAGUUGGAAACAGCGUGUCGGUAGAGUAGGUCGAUCCAAGAAAGGGCUGGUCAUAUUCAUUCCCACGACAAACAGUCCAACCGAUCGAUACUACGCGCAGAACAUGUCGGCGCUUCUCGAUGGCGAAACCGAGAGUUUGUCGUUCAACGGUGACUUUCCAACGAUUCUUUCAUCACACUUGAUGUGUGCAGCCAAUGAAAUAGGAAUACAAGUUGAUUAUCAGUUGUUGGAGCAACGGUUCGGUCCACAAGCCAAAGCUAUCGUAGAUCGGCUGUUGGCAGAGGGUAAGAUCAAAGUGGAUUCCUUUGGGAACAAGGUUCUCUGGCGGUCCAGUGACUACACUCACAAUACUCUAUCGAUUCGUGGUGGUUCCGGUCUGAACGAUGUCGUCAACGCCAAGAUUGGAAGUGCCACCGGUAUUCAGGUGGAGCAGAUGACCAAGCUACAGGCAAUCAGUCGGCUGUUUCCGGGUGCCAUUUUCAUCGCGCACAGCAGUGGCUCGGAGAUGGUCGAUAGCUAUCAAGUGCAAGAGUUGAAUCUCGCCAAUCAUGGAAGCAACGGUGUAGCGAUACUCAAGAAGAUAAGCAUACCAAGAAAUUCAAGAAUAACAACGACACCAUUCAAAUCGAGCAGUGUCGAAAUGCUCUCGGUUCUUCAGAGAAAGACCAUUCCACUGGCAUGUGGACCGGUGUUGCAACUGACAUUCGGUGUCGCCAAGUACUCAACUAUGGUUCGUGGCUAUGAGAAGCGAACCUACAGUCAGCUCUCCAGCAAUCUCGGGCAUAGCAACAAUCUCAUCGACGAUUCUCACCUCACUUCCUCCUACGAAUCGGAAACAUUCAAUUUGAAAACCACCUACGAAGUUCACUAUGAAGCACCAUGUUUGGAAUUUACAUUAUUAGAUAUAACAAAUACAAAAAAGGAAUAUGAGCCAAAGAUAAAUGACUUGGUGGAGAUGGGUGAGCUGAUGGUAACUCUUCAUACUAUGGUACAUCAGAUGCUUGCUACCGUACCAUCUUUAUUACUCACUUCAAGAAACGACGUUGAAGAAUCGAUACCAGAUGGUAAAACAACAACAACUCAACAGCAGCAACUACAACAAUCUUCAUUGGCAAUGGGCCGUUCCAAUAGGAAUUUGGAUUUGAAUAACCUGUUGGAGCAUCAGGGUGAUAGGAUCUACUUGUGUAUUGAACUACCGCCAUGUCCGAGCUGUGCCGACGAGUAUGAGAAUGAAAACACACUCUCGGAAGACCUCGGUUGUGUAUUCUGUUUGCAUUCUAAUCACUGUCACAAAGCUCUAUUGAAAAGUAUGGGAUUAUCUUUAUUUGUAUCCAACAACGACAAUGUCGAUAACGAAUCUGAAAUCAAUCAAUAA